AUGAAAAUCCUAAUUUUAACAAGUAAAGCUGUUAAUUUGUCCCUCCAUAGGACUCCAAAUAUUGACCGCCUUGCAGAGGACGGCGUGAAGCUGACCCAACACAUCUCUGCCGCAUCUUUGUGCACCCCAAGCAGAGCUGCCUUCCUCACGGGCAGAUACCCUGUUCGAUCAGGGAUGGUUUCCAGCAUGGGUUACCGUGUUCUUCAGUGGACUGGAGCAUCUGGAGGUCUUCCAACAAAUGAGACAACUUUUGCAAAAAUAUUGCAAGAGAAAGGCUAUGCCACCGGACUCAUAGGAAAAUGGCAUCUGGGUCUCAACUGUGAGUCAGCCAGCGAUCAUUGCCACCACCCCCUCCACCAUGGCUUUGACCAUUUCUACGGAAUGCCUUUCUCCUUGAUGGGUGAUUGCGCCCACUGGGAACUCUCAGAGAAGCGUGUCAACCUGGAACAAAAACUCAACUUCCUCUUCCAAGUCCUGGCCUUGGUUGCCCUCACUCUGGCAGCAGGGAAGCUCAUACACCUCAUACCCGUCUCGUGGACGCCGGUCAUCUGGUCAGCCCUUUCGGCCGUCCUCCUCCUCGCAGGCUCCUAUUUUGUGGGUGCUCUGAUUGUCCACGCCGAUUGCUUGCUGAUGAGAAACCACACCAUCACGGAGCAGCCCAUGCGCUUCCAAACGACGACACCCCUUAUUCUGCAGGAGGUCGCGUCCUUUCUCAAAAGGUCAGCAGAAAAGU